AUGAUCCAAGUGAUGCUCCUCAAGUCUCUGCUGCAGGUGUGCCUGCAGUACGACUGCUCCAACCUCCUCUCUCUCCCGUCCUCGUUCCUGGAGCCGCUGCUCUGCUUUACUCUGAUGGAGGAUCCAGAGAUACGUCUACUGGUCCUCAGGAUCCUCACCAGUCUGCUGGACCGCAAACACAACCAGGACCAGUUGGAGACCAGUGUGGAUUUCGAUGUCUCCAUUUUGGAGCAAAAAAGAGAACACUCUCGGCACGACCAGCUGUUCAUGAGGAAGAAUGCAGACUCUCUCUAUCGUCACAUGUUCUUGGCGUUUAAAGAGGAGAGUAAUGGGCGGGACCAUUUCCACAGCCUGUUCGUCCUAUUGGCUGUGGUCCUGCUGGAGCUGUCCAAUGAGGAGGCGGAGGUGGACCUGAUCCGAUUGGUGCUGGCUCUGCAGGAGCUGGCCCUGUCCAAUCAGGAGGAGUUAUCUGUGUUUAAUCGCUGUGGUAUCCAUGCAGUGUGUGCAGCCUUCAUGAGUCUGAUCUGUGGAGUGGCGUUCACCGCAGAACUGAGGACUUAUGUCACAAAGGUGGUGGAGAGUCGCAGGACAAAAGCAUCGUUCUUGUUGCCUGAGUUUGUCUUCUCUGAUUCUAAAUGUGUUCCAGAACGUGACCUGGAGGUAGAGCCUUGCUGUUUGUUUGUCCAAUCAGAAGUCUGCGAGGCUCUAACAGGAACUAGCUACAGCGCUAACAUCGAGCGGCUGCGGUUGCCCUACACCUCGCAGCUCACAGAUGAAGAACGACUUUCGAGGAGAAAAAGUGUGAACGACGUCAUCUCUGUUCAACUGGACCUGGACCCAGAGACCCGAGACCCACUGCAGAAGCCUCAGGAGCAGAUAACCUUUGAGACUCUGAAGAACGCCAUCGAGGACGUGGGAGGAGCAGAGGAGGAGCAGAGGAGGAGAAGGGAGGUCACACUCCGCUUCCAGACCGCUCCGUUUGAGGAGAUCGCUGCUCUGUGUGGAGCUAAGACUCUGCUCCAGUCCGGACUGCCGCAGGUUUUCGAGCUAAUCAUCAGAACUCCACCAUCUCCAACAGCUCCGAGGUCUGAACCAGGUUUUCAUCACUAA